GGCGCCGCCGCGUUGCCAGGCAACGGCGCGGUGACGUCACGCCUCGCGAGAGCUCGCGCCGCCAAGCCGCCCCGCGAGCGCUGACCCCGCCUCUUUGCGCCGGUGCCGCAGGAUGGGUAUCUCCAGGGACAACUGGCAUAAGCGCCGCAAGACCGGGGGCAAGAGGAAGCCCUACCACAAGAAGAGGAAGUAUGAGCUGGGGCGACCUCCAGCCAACACUAAGAUUGGCCCGCGCCGGAUCCACACAGUGAGAGUUCGUGGUGGGAAUAAGAAGUACCGAGCCCUUCGGUUGGACGUUGGCAACUUCUCCUGGGGGUCGGAAUGCUGCACUCGCAAAACCCGAAUCAUCGACGUCGUGUACAACGCUUCCAACAACGAGCUGGUGCGGACAAAGACCCUGGUGAAGAACUGCAUCGUGCUCGUCGACAGCACCCCGUACCGGCAGUGGUACGAGGCCCACUAUGCUCUGCCCCUGGGACGCAAGAAGGGCGCCAAACUGACUCCUGAAGAGGAGGAAAUACUGAACAAGAAGCGUUCAAAGAAGAUCCAGAAAAAAUAUGAUGAGCGGAAGAAGCAUGCCAAGAUAGCAAAUAUUCUUGAGGAGCAGUUCCAGCAAGGGAAGCUACUUGCCUGCAUCGCCUCCAGACCUGGACAGUGUGGCCGAGCCGAUGGCUACGUGUUGGAAGGCAAGGAAUUGGAGUUCUACCUGAGGAAGAUCAAGGCCAGAAAAGGCAAAUGAAUAAAAACUGUUUAUUCACAGUCCAACUGUGCUGAGAGAAUGAAUAAAGCCAAGAGUUUACCCCAGUAA